AUGCCACCACAGCCCGCUGCACCACACGCUGUCAGCACCGUCUGCGUCCGACGUCACCACACGCCGCUGGACUCUACGCUGUCAGCACGCCCGGGUCUGACUUCACCACAGUCCGCUGCACUCCACACAGUGAGCACCGCCCGCGUCCGACGUCACCACAGCCCGCUGGACUCCACGCUGUCAGCACCGUCCGUGUCCGACGUCACCGCAGCUUGCUGGACUCCACCCUGUCAGCGCCGUCGGUGUCCGACGUCACCACAGCCCGCCGCACUCCACGCUGUGAGCACCGUCCGCGUCCGACGUCUUCACAGACCACAGGACUCCACACUGUCAGCACCGUCCGCGUCCGACGUCACCACAGCCAGCUGCACUCCAUGCUGCCAUCACCGUCCGCGUCCGACAUCACCACAGCCCGCUGCAUUCCACGCUGUGAGCACCGUCGGUGACAGACGUCACCUCAGCGCGCUGCUCUCCACGCUGUGUGCACCGUCCACGUCCGACGUCACCACAGCCCGCUGGACUCCACUCUGUCAGCUCCGUCCGUGUCCGACGUCACCGCAGCUUGCUAGACUCCACCCUCUCAGUGCCGCCUGUGUCCGACGUCACCACAGCCUGCUGCACUCCACGGUGGCAGCGUCGUCCGUGUCCGUCGUCACCACAGCCCGUUGGACUCCACGCUGUCUGCACCGUCCGCGUCCGGCGUCACCACAGAACGCUGCACUCCACGCUGUGAGCACCGUCCGCGUCCGACGUCACCACUGCCCGCUGGACUCCACGCUGUCAGCACCGUCCGUGUCCGACGUCACCGCAGCUUGCUGGACUCCACCCAGUCAGUGCCGCCUGUGUCCGACGUCACCACAGCCCGCUGCACUCCACGCUCCCGCUGCACUCCGCGCUGUCAGCGCCGUCCGUGACCAACGUCACCACAGCCCGCUGCACUCCAUGCUGAGUGCUCUGUCCGCGUCCGACCACACCACAGCCCGCUGCACACAACGCUGUCAGCACCAUCCGCGUCCGACGUCACCGCAGCCCGCUGCACUCCACGCUGUCAGCACCGACCGUGUCCGACAUCUCCACAGCUCUCUGUACUCCACCCUGUCAGUGCCGUCCGCGUCCGAAGUCAGCACAUGCCGCUGCACUCCAUGCUGUGAGCACCGUCCUAGUCCGACGUCACCACAGCCCCCUGGACUCCAUGCUCCCGCUGGACUCCACGCUGUCAGCACCGUCCGCGUCCGACGUCACGACAGCCUGCUGGACUCGACACUGUCAGCACCGUUCGUUUCCGACGUCACCACAGCCCACUGGACUUUAUACUGUCAGCACCGUCUGCGUCCGCCGUCACCAAAGCCCACUGCACUCCACGCUGUCAGCGCCGUCCGUGUCCGACGUCACCACAGCCCGCUGCUCUUUACGCUGUGUGCACCGUCCGCGUCCGACGUCACCACAGCCCGCUUCACUCCACGCUGUCAGCACCGUCCAUGUCCGAAGUCACCACAGCCUGCUGGACUCCACGCUGUCAGCAGCGUCCGUGUCCGACGUCACCACAGCCCGCUGCACUCCACGCUGUCAGCGCCGUCCGUAUCCGACGUCACCACAGCCCGCUGCUCUUUACGCUGUGUGCACCGUCCGCGUCCGACGUCACCACAGCCCGCUGGACUCCAAUCUGUCACCAACGUCCGCAUCCGACGUCAACACAGCCCACUGGACUCCACGCUGUCAGCACCGUCCACGUCCGACGUCACCACAGACCGCUGCACUCCACGCUGUCAGCGCCGUCCGUAUCCGACGUCACCACAGCCCGCUGGACUCCACGCUGUCAGCACCGUCCGUGUCCGACGUCACCACAGCCCACUGGACUCCACGCCGUCAGCACCGUCCGCGUCCGACGUCACCACAGCCCGCUGGACACCACGCUGUCAGCACCGUCGGCGUCCGAUGUCUUCACAGCCCACAGGACUCCACACUGUCAGCACCGUCCGCGUCCGACGUCACCACAGCCAGCUGCACUCCAUGCUGCCAUCACCGUCCGCGUCCAACUUCACCACAGCACGCUGCACUCCACGCUGUGAGCAUCGCCCGCGUCCGACGUCACCACAGCCCGCCGCACUACACGCUGUCAGCACCGUCCGUGUCCGACGCCACCACAGCACGGUGCACUUCACGCUGUCAGCACCAUCCGUGUCCGACGUCACCACAGCCUGCUACGCUCCACGCUGUCAGUGCCGGCUGUGUCCGGCGUCAUCCCCGCCCGCUGCAAUCCUCGCUCAGUCCACACUUUGUAGCAUCGUCCAUGUCCGACGUCACCACAGCCCGCUGCACUCCACACUGUCAGCACUGUCCGCGUCCGACGUCUUCACAGCCCACAGGACUCCACACUGUCAGCACCGCCCUCGUCCGACGUCACCACUGCCCGCUGGACUCCACACUGUCAGCACCGACCGUGUCCGACGUCUCCACAGCUUGCUGUACUCCACUCUAUCAGUGCCGUCUGUGUCCGACGUCACCACAGCCCGCUGUGCUCCACGCAGUCAGCACCGUCCGGGUCUGACAUCACCACAGCCCGCUGGACUCCACGCUGUCAGCAAGCGUCCGCGUCUGACGUCACGACAGCCUGCUGGACUCGACGCUGUCAGCACCGUUCGUGUCCGACGUCACCACAGCCCGCAGCUCUUUACGAUGUGUGCACCGUUCGCGUCCGACGUCACCACAGCCCGCUGCAUUCCACGCUGUCAGCACCGUCUGUGUCCAAAGUCACCACAGCCUGCUGGACUCCACGCUGUCAGCAGCGUCCGUGUCCGACGUCACCACAGCCCGCUGCACCCCAUGAUGUCAGCACCGUCUGCGAUAGACGUCACCACAGCCCGCUGGACUCCACACUGUCGGCACCGCAUGCGUCCAACGUCACCACAGCCUGCUGCACUCCACGCUUUCAGUGCCGUCUGUGUCCGACGUAACUACAGCCCACUGCACUCCACGCUGUCAGCGCCGUCCGUGUCCGACGUCACCACAGCCCGCUGCUCUCCACGCUGUGUGCACCGUCCGCGUCCGACGUCACCACAGCCCGCAGCACUCCACUUUCCCGCUGCACUCCACGCAGUCAGCACCGUGCGCGUCCGACGUCACCAAAUCCCGCUGGACUCCACGCUGUCAGCACCGUCCAUGUCCGACGUCACCACAGCACGCUGCACUCCACGCUGUCAGCACCGUCCACGUCCGUCGUCACCACAGCCCACUGCACUCCACGCUGUGAGCACCGCCCGCGUCCGACGUCGCCACAGCCUGGUGCACUCCACGCUGUCAGCACCGUCCGUGUCUGACGUCACCACAGCCGGCUCGAUUCCACGCUGUCAGCACCGUCCGUGUCCGACGUCACCACUGAUGCAGCAGUCCACGCUGUCAGCACCGUCCACGUCCGACGUCACCACAGACCGCUGCACUCCACGCUGUCAGCGCCGUCCGUAUCCGACGUCACCACAGCCCGCUGGACUCCAGGCUGUCAGCACCGUCCUCGUUUGA